UUGUUCUCUCACACUGGCUCACUGCUUAUUCAUGAACUGAUUAGAUAUCUGUCUUAUACCCUGACUGACUUCCGUCAGCGUUUAUUUCAGUCCAAGACAAGCGUCUGAUCAGGUGGCUGGGAGUGGCAUCCCUGACAUCAUCCACAGGCUUGUUUGGUUGUUGGGAUUUAGAAGAGCAGAUGCGAAAAGGACUGGGGCGAUGAAGAUAACAUAACACAAUCUACAAGAAUCAGUAAACAAAGAAGAGGAGAAAAAACCUUGCAGAAGAGAAUUGGAGCAGAGGGGGAGGAGGCAGCGUGGCGGCGGAGGCAGAGAGAGCGGAUGCUCCACACCCUGAGAUGCUGUGCUGGCUGGAGGAGGACGAGAUGUCGGUCCAGGAGCUGCUGCAGCGGGUGCACUGUGUCAUCACACAUGUUGAUGAGAUCAUGCAGCAGGACAUCCGGCCUCUGCUGGCUCUGGACAUCAUAGAGCAGCUUCAUCGCCAGUUUGCCUUGCUUUCAGGAGGGCGAGGGAGAGACGGCGCUCCCAUCAUCACCUUCCCAGAGCACUCAGGUUUCAGCGAAGUGCCAGAGGAAGAUUUCCUCAAUGUAGUAACUUACCUGACAAGUAUUCCCAGCUUGGAUGCGGCCAGUAUUGGUUUUAUCAUCAUCAUCGACCGGCGAAAGGACAAAUGGAGUUCCGUAAAGGCCUCUCUCUCCAGGAUUGCAGGGGCGUUUCCAGGAAAUCUUCAGUUGGUAUUGGUGCUGAGGCCAUCCAGGUUAUUCCAGAGGGCGAUCGCAGACAUUGGGCUAAAGCUGCACAAGGAUAACUUUAAAAUGAAGAUUGUUAUGUUGAACACUCUGUCAGACCUACAUGGGUACGUGGAUGAAAGUCAGCUGACCCGCGAAUUAGGAGGAAGCCUGGAGUACAGUCAUAGUCAGUGGAUACACCAUCGAACUGCCAUAGAAAACUUUGCUGUGACAGUGAAAACCACAGCCCAGAUGCUACAAAGGUUUGGCAUGGACCUGGCAGAGACAGAGCUUCCCAAUGACAUCCAGAGCACCAAAGACCUCCUUACAUCACAUACUGACAAACACAACGACAUCAAGGAUGAACUGAAGCUAGCGUCCAGGCAAGGAACCACCUUGUUUAGUUGCAUCAAGGAUCAGGCCGCCAAGUCAGAAACUUGUGACCUCAAUCCCGAUGAGCUGGAGAACCAAACUACUGUGGAAAGGCUUCUGGCCCAGCUGGAUGAGACUGAGAAUGCUUUUGAGCAGUUCUGGUGUAAACACCAUCUGAAACUGGAGCAGUGCCUGCAGCUCCGCCACUUUGAACAGGAUUUCAGAGAGGUAAAAGUGUCUCUUGACAGUUUGAUUGACACUUUAAAAAGUCUAUCGAAUACCAGCGAUUGUGUUGCACGAGUUGAAAACCUGCUAAAGGAACUGAAACUACUGGAGGAGAAGGCUCAGCCGCCCCUGGAGAAGGCCCAGCUCCACGCGUUGCACGGGGACCAGCUCAUCCAGAGCAACCACUACGCUGUGGAUUCUAUUCGGCCCAAAUGCGUGGAGCUCCGACGGGUCUGUGAUGACUUCAGCAAUGAGGCCAAGAAAAAGGCGGAUGUCUUGUCCAAAUCCUUGCAGAUUCAUGUUGGCGUUGACCAGGUGAACCAGUGGUGUGAGUCUGGCAUUUACCUGUUGGCUUCCCAAGCUGUGGAUAAGUGUCAGUCACAGGAAGGGGCAGAGUCCGCGCUGAGAGACAUUGAAAGCUUUCUCAAGUCAGCAGAAACGAACCAGUUGACAGAACUGAGGAACCUCCACAACCAGUAUGAGGUUGUCCUUUCAGAGGACAUCAAGAGCAGCGUCCUGAAAGCAUUAAAGAGGCUGGAAGAUGUCCGGGAGAUGUAUGAGAAGCGACGUGUUAGUCUGAAGAGACUGUCAGCGAAACAGACGAGGCCCGUACAGCAGGUGGCCCCGCGGCCGGAGUUGUCUCCCAAGCGGCCCCAGAGGAACCCCCCCAGGGCUGCUGCCAGUCAGCAGGCGCUCGCUCGCAGACCUUCUAAUAACUCAAAUGUCGGUAGACAGCCAGCUGAAGCCGACUCCAACAAGAAGAAGAACAUACGUAAGACCAAAGGAGGCAUUAAGAUUGAAGUGAUGCAUGAGGCAAGCCAGGGAGGCACCGCUCAUGUUGUUGGGUCAAAUGAGACUGAGGAGAGUCUAUCCAACAGGCGAAGACACAUCAUGACUGAGCUCAUCAAAACAGAGAAGAUAUAUGUGGAAGAACUAGAAAGCAUCAUGGAGGGAUACUUUUCUCAACUGAGUAAUUCCGAGCUCAGCCACCUUAUCCCAUCAUCACUGGAGAACAAAAGGGAUGUGCUGUUUGGCAACCUUCCAGAAAUAUACGAAUUUCACAACAAAACAUUUCUUAUGGAGCUGGAGGACUGUGCCGAGAAACCAGAGUUCGUGGGAACCUGUUUUCUGAAAAGGAAGGAACAGCUUCAAGUGUAUGAGAAGUACUGCCAGAACAAACCCCGCUCUGAAGUCCUCUGGAGACACUGUGGAGACAGCCUCUUCUUCCAGGAAUGCCAGAAGAAACUGGACCAUAAACUGUCGUUGGACGCUUACCUGUUGAAGCCUGUUCAGAGGAUCACCAAGUACCAACUCAUGCUUAAGGAAAUGUUAAAGUGCAGUAAGGGUGAAGGGAUGAUUGAGUUGGAGGAGGCGUUAGCCACCGUAUUGGACAUUAUAAAGUCUGUUAAUGACUCCAUGCACCAGAUAGCCAUUACUGGCUUUGAGGGAAAUCUGAGUGACAUGGGAAAGCUGCUGAUGCAGGGCUCCUUCAAUGUCUGGACUGACCACAAGAAAGGCCAUAGCAAGGUGAAGGACUUGGCCAGGUUUAAGCCUAUGCAGAGACAUCUCUUUCUGUAUGACAAGAUGCUGCUGUUUUGUAAGAAACGAGAGGAGAGCACAGAGGGACACGAGAAGACUCCGUCCUACAGCUUCAAGCACUCACUCAAGAUGAGUGCUGUGGGGAUAACUGAGAAUGUCAAGGGUGACAACAAAAAGUUUGAGGUCUGGUACAACGGCAGAGAAGAGGUUUAUAUAAUCCAGGCUCCCUCCAUGGAUGUGAAAAUGACUUGGGUUUCAGAGAUCCGUAAAGUUCUUACAGGGCAGCUAGAAGCAUGCAGAGAAGCCAGCCAGCUCAACACCUACGGGCCACCCAUGAGGAAUACGCGCAAAAUGGCACUGAGACAGUCUGAUUCAUCAAGCCCAGAAUCUGGCUUCAGGAGAACCAACCCCAGCCCAAUUAUGAGGUCCAAAAGAGAUUCUUCGGCCAGCUAUUCAGGCCUCUCAGCCAUUAAUGCUAGGAAGCACUUCUCCUUGCAAGGACUUUCCAAACGGAGGUCUCUUCCCGCAGAGCCUGCUACUAAGGAGGCAGAGGUUCCCCGCCGUUUCUCUCUCACUUCCUCUCUUGCUUCCUCUUCCUCCUCCUCCACGCGAUGGACAAAAGGUACCCUCUCCACUAUCAAUAAGAACAAGAGACAUGAAAUAAAGAGUGACCCCACUCCCUUUGGUUACGAAGAAACUUUGCGUGGUGCUAUGGCAGCAGUUGGGAAGCGUCAGAACAUGAGUAGCAGAGCUGUAAAAGGUGCUGGGGGCUCGGCAGCCGUUCCUAGAUCCACCUCCCAACCAGGCUGGACCCAGGGCCGUCUUUUUUCCAUGGACACAGAGGACUUUGAAACAAUUCCUUCCAGUGCAGAGGAGUCCUCCAACUCUUCAGAGGACGAACGCAGCAAUAAAAAUGGUAACAGCGGCCGUUACCGGGUGCAACUGACUUACGCUUCUUAUGAAGCAAGGGACCUUUCCCUGGGGACUGCUGAUGAGGAUCAUGUUUUAGAGGAAGCGGAUGAUGGAAACUGAUAUCUCCAGUGAUCUGAGUACAGCAGCGCUCAGACUCUCGCUCCGACUCUCCAAAAUCCAUCAGUACAUGGAGAGAUGUUUCUCAGGAUAGUAAAUGAACAUGGCAAACUUUGUAGUUGUUUGACUACAAACUUUUUUCCAAGCUUUCAGCUUUUUCUAUUUGUUGUUCUUAUUCAUGGAUUACAAAUGUUCUCUACUUUUAUUUUACUGUCGUAGUUUUUCAGGUCUGAUUCACUGAUUUUUCUCAAUGGAAGAAAGGGUUUCUCUGGAAAAAGCUGGAACUUUGACAUGCUUGAAUCCUACAGUUGGAACACCAUAUCACAGUUUUGCUAUCUGGCAGUACCAGCUGUGAUGCUUGCAGAGCCAACUACUGUAUCUGUCAUUUAGAGGACAUACCUGUACUACACUGCUACAAAUAAGACAUCCCAGAUCUGAAUGAAUGAAGUAUUCAUACUAAAUCCUUUUUUCUUCAUGAAGUUGAAUGUGCUGACAACAAAUCAAAAAAAUUACCAAUGGAAAUCAAAUUUAGCUCUGGAUUUAGAGUCACACUCAAAAUUUAAGUGGAAACACACGACAGGCUGAUCCAGUUACGAUGUAAUGUCCUUAAAACAUGUCAG